AUGAGCACCGCCAAGAGGGAUGCGCUCGAGCCCCUGAACCACGCCACCGGACGAUUCACGAAGGCUGGAGAGAGCGAGAUCGACCGGCGCACCACCGCGGUCAUGGCGCACGCGCAGCUCAAAGGCGCGCUCGAGACGUUGUGUCCCGCCCCGGACGCGCUCAAGGAUGAGAUGGACGUCAUCGAUCCCAAGAGGUUGGCGGACCUGGGCAUGACCCCCGAGCACGCCAUCGGGCUCUACCGCGCCCUCUACAAGUACUCGCAGAAGUGCGUCGAGUCGCACGACAGGGUUCGAGCCGCGAUGGCGCCCGUGGGUCCCGAGGCCAAGCAGGACGUCCUGGACGGCGUGUGGUCCAUAUUCACCACCACCUGGGAGUCCGCCGCGGGAGCCGCGUUCCCGUCCAAAAUCGCCGACGCCACCAAAGCGUUGGACAGCGUCGAUCGGCUCGCCGCCGCGCUCGCCCAGCUCCAGACGGAGUGCGCCGACCGAAUGAAAGAGACGGAGCAGGCCAAGGCCGAGUCCGCGGAGCGGAUGGAGGAGAUCGUCGUACUGCGCCCGUUCCCGGGCAAGUACGAGGAGUGCGUCAAACGCGCGGAGGUCGCCGAGACCGAGCGCGACGAUCUCAGGUCGCGGGUCGAGGCGCUCGAGCAGAAGCUGGCCGCCGCCGAGGCGGAGAUUCCCAAGGGUUGGGAGGCUGAGAAGGCCGCCGUCGCCGCGGGAGAGGCCAGGGCGAGCGAGCUCACGGCAGCCGCGAAAGCCGCCGCCGAGACGGCGGCGGCUAACGUCGACAAGCUCAAGAAGGACCACGCGGACGAGGUGCAGGAGCUGAUGGACCAGCUGUGGAAGGCGCGAAACGAAGCCGGCGCCGCCAUCGAGGCUGAGAAGGACAUGCGCGCCAUCACGGGCACCCUCAAGGCCGACAUCGCGUUCCACCGGGAGUCCAAGGCUGGCGCCACGGAGAAGAUGGUAAAGGCGAUCGAGCGCGCGGAGGCUGCGGAGGGUGAGAUGCAGAGGCUCCAGGGCAUCGCCGAUCGAGCCACCGCCGCGUGCGACGAGGCUGAGCGCAGGGCGGAUGCGAGCGAUAAAUUUGCGGCCAAAGAAUCCGCCCGCGCCGCCAACACCACCGCGCGACUGGUCAUCACCGUCUCGCAGCUCCUGCGCGCGAAGAAGCGAAUCGCCGCGCUGGAGAGCACCAGCGAGAAGCAGGCUCUCUCGCAGGCGCUCAGCCGCGCGGAGUCUGCCGAGGAGGAGAGGGACCAGAUGAAGCUCCGCGCCGACGCGACGGAUGAAAAGUCCAAGGAGCAGAAGGAGCGAAUCAACGAGCUCGAGACGCAGGUCAUCCAAGCCCAGACGGCGCAAAAGGCGGCCGAGACGAAGCAGGCUGAGCUGCAGGCGUCCAACGACGAGCUCGCGGAGGCCAAGACCAAGCUCGAGGAGGAGCUGGCGACGGCACGGCAGGAGAAGGCUGACGCGAUUCAGGCUCUGGAGGACUACAAGAAGGAGUUCCUCGUUGAGCAGAAGGCGAGACUCAAGGCUGAGAAGAACAUGCGCGAGAUGCGCGACGAGAACCGCCGGAUCAUCUCCGAGGUUGGCGACGGGGAUAUGGAGAAGCUCGUGACUAAAGUGGACAGCGUCGGCGCCAAGGCCAAGGAGGGACUCGAGAAGCAGGACAAGAACUGGGAGGGUAUCAACGCGUUCGCCGGCGAGUUUGUCGACGAGCAGAGCACCAAAAUGGACGCCGUCAAGAAGGAGUUCAAGGUUUGGUCCGAUGAAAUCUCUGAACUGACGGACAAGUGCGCCAAGAAGACGAAGGAGGCUGUUGAUGAGCUCAUCGCGACGAGGAAGAAGAUGAGAAAGCUGCAGCAGCAGCUGAAGGAGACCAAGGAGGAACUCGGCAACGUCAAAACGGAGCUCGCCACCGCCAACAGGGAGCUCAAGGAGGCCAAAAAGGACCUGGCGGAGACCAAAUCCGACCUGGAGACCGCCACCGGUCGCGUCACCGCCCUGGAGGAGCAGCUCGCGUUCGCCAGCAACGAGCUCGAGGCGACCAAAUCGACGCUCGUCGACAUCGAGGCGCAGCUCAAGAAGGAGCGUUCGGAGCGGCUGGCGCUCCAGUUUCAGAACCAGGCGCAGAAGGCUCUUGCGGAAAAGAGGCAGAAGAAGCUGGAGGACGCGGAGAGGGACCUGGAAGAGGCGCAGGAGGAGUUGGAGAGCGCGAAGAAGGCCGCGUCCGAAGCUGGCGGAUGA